GAACCAUAAUACCACAACAGUGAAAAGAGAAGUACCAUGCACAAGGAAUUAAGGAAGGAAGUAAAGAAUCACAGAACUAAAAGGGUCGACCGAGAAAUUUAAAUAGCCGAUCAUGGCAUGGCAUGUAUUGCACAACAACAUCUAAACCAGUGAGGAGAGAUCGAAUACUAUAUUUCAAAUACUUUUCCAUAUAUCCACACACACACAUCAAUGGCUUCCCCAAGCAAUAUUAAUACUAGUUCCCCAACUGAGAAGUACCCGUGCCCGACGGUGUUUAAUGUCCUGGACUUCGUCCCCAAGUUGCUGUCGGAAAGAGGCUACAAGAAGUGGAAGAAAUUGAUGGAGGACUUCAUUGAGAAGCGAGGUUUGAUUGGUUUCAUUGAUGGCACAGCGAAGGAGGAAAUUGACAACCAAGAUGACUACAAGGCUUGGAAGAGAUCAAACAAUCUUGUACAUGGAUGGAUACUGGCAACCCUUACCGAAGAUAUCCGCCUAGACAUGUUGGGUUUGGAAACCGCUCAAAAAUUGUGGACGCAGUUGGAGAAAAUGUUCGAUCCGACGUCUAAAUUCAAUACUAGCUCCCCAAGUGAGAAGUACCCAUGCCCGACGGAGUUUAACGUCCUGGACUUCGUCCCCCAGUUGUUGUCUGAAAGAGACUACGACACGUGGAAGAAAUUGAUGGAGGACUUCAUUGAGAAGCGAGGUUUGAUUGGUUUCAUCCAUGACACAGCGAAGGAGGAUAUUGCCAACCAAGAUUACUACAAGGCCUGGAAGAGAUCAGACAAUCUUGUACGGGGAUGGUUACUGGCAACCCUCACCCAAGAUAUCCGCCUAAGUGCGUUGGGCUGGGAAACCGCUAAAGAAUUGUGGACGCAGUUGGAGAAAAUGUUUGAUCCGACUUCAUCUCUAUGGCAGUAUGACGAAGAAGAAGAGAAUAGGGUAACCCGUUAUCUGCCCCUGCACAAAGCUGUAGUGAAGGGGGAUUGGGAGGAAGCAAUGGGAAUCAUUCAACAGGAUCCAGCUGCUGUUACGGCUGCCAUCACCCCGCUCUACCAAACAGCACUUCAAGUCGCCAUCCAGACUGGGGGGAGAACCCAUUUUGUGAGGAAGCUUUUGGAGAAGAUGACACGGUAUGAUGUUGUACAUCUAGUUGACGAGAUUGGCUGGACAGCCCUUCACUGGGCUGCAAUAUGUGGCACCAUUGAGGAAGCCGAAAUGUUAGUCAACAAAAACUCCAUUCUUGCAAAUGUUUUGGACAGAUAUGAAUAUACACCUCUCCAUUAUGCUGCUCGAUAUGGGCGUAGAGAGAUGGUUCUUUAUUUACAUGGAAUCACUGGAGAAGACAUUCUACUGGCUGAAAGAACUGGUGCUCUAUAUCUGCGUGAUCUUGUGUCGAGUGAAUUGUAUGACAUUGCUUUAACUUUCCUUGUGCAAAAACCUGAGCUGGCAUGCGUGGACCCCACUCAAAUGAAACACGGUACUCCUUUUGAACAACUUCACAGAAAUGGGUCGUUCCGGAGUGGAAAUUCCUUCAACUUCUGGCAGAAUUUAAUUUAUUUGGGAGUUUCAAUCAAAUCAGAAAGCAUUGCGAACCGCCAUAAUGGAGGAGGAGGAAGAAGAAGAGAAGACAUUGAGAGUCCUGCCAAUUGCUGCAUCUCUGUGAGGCAAAGAUUGCACUUUAUGUUUUGGGAAGUCGUCGAAAAACUUGUGCCACAUAUCAAAUACAUCCGAGAAAAGAAACUGAAGCAUCAUCAUGCACUUGAGCUACUCAAAGUCUUCUGCACGGAAAUCGCAAAAUUAAAAUUGUCAAAAGUGGAAUGCAUAUUUAAGCCAGCGAUGCAAAACGCAACACGUAUGGGGAUACUUGAAAUUGUUGAACAGAUUGUUCUGUCAUUUCCUGCAGCAAUUUAUUUUUGGAAUCCAAACAGUCAUCGAUUGAUAUUCCAAGAAGCAAUUUUGUGGCGUCGUGAACGUGUGUUCAAUCUCAUAUAUCAAAUGGAUGUUGGUGCUGAAUUAAUAAGAAUAAUACCAGCGUCAAAGGACAGGUGGUUGAACAAUGGUUUGCAUUUGGCUGCACUUCUCGGACGUGAGCAACAAAUCAAUCUCAAAGCCAGUGCCCCUGCUGCAGUUCUACAGAUGCAGCAAGAAUUGCAAUGGUUUACAGAAGUGGAAAACCUUACACCUCCUGUUUACAGAGAAGGCAGGAACGCAGAUGGAAUGACACCUGCAGAAGUAUUUUCUAACACACACCAAGAUUUAAUAAAGGAGGCUGAGCAUUGGAUGAAAGAUACAGCCACAUCAUGCACCAUUGUUGCUGCCCUUAUUGCCGCUAUGGCUUUUGCAGCUGCUAUUACAGUGCCAGGUGGAAACAACAAUGACAAUGGCCAUCCCUUACUUUCAAAACAAAAAGCGUUCCAAAUUUUUGGCAUAUCUGACGCACUUGCCCUAUUCUCAUCCAUAACUUUUGUAUUGAUGUUCUUACUUAUCCUGACUUCUCGAUACUAUUUCCUAUAUACCUUACAUAGUAGGUUAGUUAUCGGUCUCAUAACCCUAUUUGUCUCCAUUUUAUCCACGAUGGUAGCCUCUGGUGCUAUACUCUAUCUCAUAUUCGGAGAAAAUAAGGCAUGGAUUCUUAUCCCUGUUGUCGCAUUGGCCAGUAUUCCUGCAACCUUGUUCGGAUCUUUGCAAUUUCCUCUUCUGGUAGAGAUGAUCCAAUCCACAUAUGGCCGAGGCAUUUUCGGCAAGAAGAGUGAUCGUGCUCCUACCGGGUAAACAUCAAGAUUUGGUAGUAUUUCAACCAUAUUUGAGUAUUUGCUAUGUGUUCAAUGCUAUUUCACCAAACAUUGUGUUUCGUGUACCUAAUUGAGUUCUUUGCUCAGUAUCCGCUUGAUUUAAGUGUGUAUCUUAAUUUCACUCCCUAUAUACAAAUUGGGAUAUCUAGCAAUGUUGAUCAAUCAUUGUACACCUAUGAUUGGGAGGUCAUAAAACUAAUCUUCGCCGAGUAAUUAAU